AUGAGAGAUAGAUCAGAGACAUCAAGUCCAGCAGUCUUAACGGAUACAUCUUAUAAUGGGACUUACAUAAAUAGUGUUUUAAUUGGAAAAGGGAAGAGCAGAGUUUUGGAUGACAAUGACGUGAUAGCAAUCACUCAUCCUACAAUAAGUAUGUUCACUUUUAAAGAUCUACUUAAAAAUGAGCAAGACAAAGUACCUAAAGAAAUAGCUCAAAAGUAUUAUAUUUCAAGGGUACUUGGCCAAGGUGCAUGUGGUGUGGUCAAAUUAGUUUAUAACAAAUUGACUUGUAUGAAAUUUGCGAUGAAAGUUGUAAAGAAAGGCAAAUUGACAAAUGGACAAGUUAAUAAUUUAACAGACCCUGUCAAAGUUAUGAAUGAGGUGAACAUUUUGAAAGCUUUAAGACAUCCUUGUGUGACAUCAGUGGAAGAAAUAUUCGACUCUCGUGAAGCCGUGUACAUAGUGUUGGAGCUGAUGCAGGGAGGGGAACUGUUUGACCGUAUCACAAGAUAUGGGCGGCUGUCGGAGAGGCUGACCAAAUUCUACUUUAAACAAAUGGUGCUAGCCGUCCAGUACUUACACUCACAAGGCAUCACUCACAGAGACCUAAAACCUGAGAAUGUGCUACUUGAGAGUAAGGAAGACGAAAGCCUGGUGAAGAUAACAGACUUUGGUCUCAGUAAGUAUGUGGGCGAAGACAGCUUCAUGAAGACAAUGUGUGGGACACCUAUUUACCUUGCACCUGAAGUACUACGAGCUAAUGGAGUGGGAUGCUAUGGACCAGAGGUGGAUGUAUGGUGUCUGGGUGUUAUAUUCUUUAUAUGUCUGGUGGGUUACUUGCCAUUCUCCCCGGAGUACCAAGAGCUCCCCUUGAGCGAGCAAAUACUCUCAGGCCGCUAUCGGUACUCGUCUAGUUGCUGGCGUGACGUCAGUCUUCAAGCCAAGCUGCUGAUGAAGAGAAUGCUUACCGUCAAUGUACGAAGGCGCAUCUCGCUAGAGCAGAUAUUAAAGCACCCAUGGAUGCAGGAUGACGAUAUCAACCUAAGGAUUAAUGUUUUGUUGUCGCAACAUCAAUUAAAAAAUGGAAACGAAGACAAUAAUAACGAGAAAGCCGACGUAGCUGUCGUCCGCCUAGUAGCAGCUAAUAAGAGACCACUCAGCGACUCAUCAAAUACGGCUGAGCCGAUUGCCAAAAAGGUUAAAGUUGGGAGAAAAGACGAAAAUGAUGACACUAGUUCAGCCACUAGCUGCUGCUCAUAUGAAUGA